GCGGCUCGUCCCCCGGCCAUUGCCCUCCACGCUGCUCAGGCAUUCCUCCUACUCCAGCUCCUCUUCUCUCUUCGUUCUCUCGUCUCCUCUUCUCAAUCGAGCGCUCGAUUGUUGACCUGCUCAGCUGCACGCCGGCCUGAGACAUCGGAGGGGGGCGUGGUGACCGGCAGAUGGAUCCGUGGAUCAGCAGCCAGCCUUCUCUGAGCCUUGACCUGCACGUCGGCCUGCCGCCGCUCAGCCGCCACCAGGCGCCGCUCGCCUUGGCCAAGCCCAAGGUGCUCGUCGAGGAGAACUUCCUGCAGCCUCUCAAGAAAGAACCAGAGGUCGCGGCUCUCGAGACGGAGCUCCAGCGGAUGAGCGAGGAGAACAGGUGCCUGGCCGAGGCGCUCACGGCGGUGGCCGCCAAGUACGAGGCGCUGCGGAGCCAGUACACGCAGAUGGUCGCCGCGGGCGCCACCACCACCGGCCCGUCCUCCACGUCGGAGGGCGGGUCGGUGUCGCCGUCGAGGAAGCGCAAGACGAGCGAGAGCCUGGACACCGUGGCGGCGGCGCCGGGCGCGCAGCACCCGCAGUACGGCCUGCACGGCGGGCCGCACCCGGGCGCCGCGGCGGCGGCGGACCAGACGGAGUGCACCUCCGGCGAGCCGUGCAAGCGCAUCCGGGAGGAGUGCAAGCCCAAGGUGUCCAAGCUGUACGUGCACGCCGACCCGUCGGACCUGAGCCUGGUGGUGAAGGACGGCUACCAGUGGCGCAAGUACGGGCAGAAGGUGACCAAGGACAACCCCUGCCCGCGGGCCUACUUCCGGUGCUCCUUCGCGCCGGCCUGCCCCGUCAAGAAGAAGGUGCAGCGCAGCGCCGACGACAACACCAUCCUGGUGGCCACGUACGAGGGCGAGCACAACCACGGCCAGCCCCCGCCGGCGCCGGCGCAGCAGGCGCACGACGGCCCGGGCGCCAGCAAGAACGCCGCCGCCAAGCCGCCGUCGCCGCCCAGGCCCGCCGCCCCGCCGGCGCCUCACCACCCGCAGCUCCACCACCACCACCACCACCACCAGCAGCAGCAGCAGCAGCAAGACGUCGCUGCGGCGAUGAGCGGCGAGCCCGUGGGCGCGGCGGCCGCGGCGACGUCGGAGCUGAUCCGGCGCAACCUGGCGGAGCACAUGGCGAUGACGCUGACGAGGGACCCCAGCUUCAAGGCGGCCCUCGUCAGCGCGCUGUCCGGCCGGAUCCUCGAGCUCUCGCCCACCAAGGAAUAACAACCGGGGAAAAGGGAAACGUAUCCCAAUACCAUCACACGAGCUUCUUCUUGGUUGCUCAGAUUUCCUCGCAGCCAUGGCCAACCGGGCUUGGCCUUCCUCUGCUCACUGUUCUAGCAAAACAGCAAGAUCACUGGUGGACGUGAGGAUCUGCAGUUCGGCAUCAGUAUCAAAACGACUGAAGAGUCUGCGCCGCGCAUCCGGACAUGGCGCGGACCGAAGAUCACCACGGCGGGUGAUCUGACCUGAACCUGAUUGACCGGCGAUGGUCGAGUUUAUUAGCAGAUCGAAAAUAGCACAGGAAACAACAUCAAACUGUACAAUCCUUGUAGGCAAAUUAUUGUUCGCCCAUUUUUCCUUGAUAAAAUGAAAUCGUUAUAUUUUUCUCCCUCUC